CUGGUUCCUGGCAUUUGGGUGGACCGUAAAUGCGUCUUUUUGUGUACUGAUUAAGCCAGUUCCUCUUUAGUCACACAGUAUAUUCUUUUGGUGGCGCUCUCAAAGAGUGAAGGACCUGAAAACCUAAGAAACAGCUGUAAUUUUGUAGGAGACGGCUUUGGAGAAUGUGACCAAUGCUAACUCAGUUAUGAACAUUAUUUGUGGAAAUGCUUAUUCAUAUUCUUAAUGUUUUAAGAUGUGCCUAUUUUCAGAAGAUUGCGACUUGAGAAGUUUUACUUUAUACUAAUCGGAAGAUUUUAACAAGACUUCUGGAAAUAACAUUUGUGCGGCUUUCCCUUGUGAAAUUGUAACCUACUCUGCAAACAUGAAUUAUAUGGUUUUAGCGAUUUUGAUUCAGCUCACAUACAGCCUGGUUCAUGCUGAACUGGAUACAGAGAGCCUGAAGUGUCACAAUGACUAUGAGACAACAAUGAUUUGUGAGAUCGACGCAGAAGGGCCUGAGGACUGUAACAAUAGUUCUGCUUUAGUUUUUUCAGGAACUAAUUCUGAAAAAAACUAUACAUGCACUCUGGUGUAUAAAAAUGCAGACUUCAGCUCCUUAAAAACACAUUGUUGGUGCAAAACUCAGAUGCCACGAUUUGUUUAUAAUGACAAUUAUACGGUAUACCUAUUGACUGGGAAAAUAAGUUCACACUUGAAGAAUAUAAUUCCCUGCAACAACAUCAAACCAAGAGCUCCCCAUAUACUGAAUGUGAAACAUGGAGAGAAUGGAAAUUUCCGAGUCACCUGGGAAAAUAAUUACUCUAAUGAAAGCUUCUUAUAUGAUAGCCUGAAUUUUCAGCUGAGCUACGGGAUAAAAGAGAAGGGAGAUGAAGUUGCAACAGUAUUAAAUGUCAGCGAUUUCUUCUAUGAGAUUUUAAAGAGCAGCCUGAACCCUGGGCGUGAUUAUGUUGUGAAAGUGAGGUCAUACUCAAGCAACUACCAAACACAGUUCAGUGACUGGAGUCAGGAGCUGGAGUGGCACAACUCUAUGACUGUUCCUGACAUACUGAAGGUGGGAAUCCCAGUUCUUUGUGUAUUGCUUAUUAUCACCAUUGUUUCUUCUUAUCGAUUCUACACUAGGUAAGUUUGAUUUAAGUAU